GGGGCAAUAUAAUUCAGCCAUUACCAGUUAUAAGUAAGGUACAUUAUUAUACUAAUUUAUAACUGUGUGUGCCUUCAUGCAACACAUUUAGAUUUUUAUAGCAUUGUCGUAUUUCAUAUUAAUAGUCAAACUCAUAGUGAAGACACAACUUUUUAAUCAGAGGUCAGUCCACAAUAUCUAUUGAAAAUGGCAACAUCUGUAGAUUCAGUUAAUGACAGUUCAGACUUUGUGAAGGACUAUUCUUGUGUUGCUUGCGAAAGUAAAAAUAUCGAACUAAGUGCUGAUAUCUUUUGUGAAACAUGUUCGAAGUGUUUCUGUCAAACAUGCCUUUAUCACCACGAUCAAAUGUUUGUCAACCAUGUAACAUAUGGAAGAGGAGAAUCAAAUAAAUGGCCUUUAACAAAGACAACCGAGGAUUUGCUACUGAAAUGUGAUGUUCACAACAGCAAGACUCUGACAAUGUUCUGCCAGGACCACAGUCAGCUGUGCUGCUCUGAUUGUCUUUUAGUGAAUCACAGACAAUGUAAGAAUGUGGCUCUAAUUUCUGAAUCAGUAAAAAAUUCGUCAGUGGAUAUUCAGCAGUUGUCAAACAAAAUUCAAAUCAUUCUUGCUGAUCUAAAUACGUUUAAGAGAGCGCAAGAGGCCAGCAUUCAUUUCGUGGAGGGAUCAUACAGCGAAAAACUGCAAGAAAUCAGAGAGGUGCGUAAGAAAUUAAAUGCUGAUUUGGAUGGACUAGAAAAUUCAACUUUGAAAGAACUAGAUACAAUUAGGUCUACAUUGCAAACCUCUCUCAAAAAAGAUGUUGACAACUGCAGCCGACUGAAGUAUGAACUGCAACAACUCAGUGAGGCUGUACAGGACCUAUGUGAUAAGAGCAAGAAGGACAUUGAGUUCAUAGCCAGCAGGAAAUGCUUGGACAAGAUACUCGAGUCAGAGUCAUAUCUAAAGGAGAACUCAGUCAAGGUUCAGAGUUCCAUAAUAUUCAAGGCAAACAUUGACAUUGACCAGUACCUGACUAAACAGCCCAGUCUUGGAAAGAUUCUCACACUCAAGAUGAAUCCAAACCAGGUGUUGACAGUAAAGAGAAAGUCCGAAUAUAAUGUGAAAAUAUCAAGUGACACAGAAUCAAAUUGCUCUAUAAUAGGCAUUUGCAGCCUGCCUAGUGGUCAUGUCAUUGUUGCAGAUCUCGACAAUAAGAAAGUAAAACUGUUGGAUCAGAAUUACAAUGUGUCCAGUCACUGUGAUGUGGCUGAUAACCCAUAUGACAUUUGCCCAAUAACAUGGAGUGAGGUGGCUGUGGCUCUUGGUUUUACCGGUGUGCAGUUUAUGUCUGUGAGCAAUGGGCAGCUGGUGAAUGGGAGGAAGUUACAGUUACCACAUUUUGCUUUUGGCAUUGCCCACCAUAAGGGAGCAUUGUAUAUCACUUCUGGCCAAGCUCUCUACCACUACACCCUGACUGGGGCACUUGUGAAAAUGCUUUAUGAGGACAAAUCAGAUGGAUGGAGAGUUUCGAGGUGUGCAGUGAGUCCUACUGGUGACAGGAUCUAUGUUACCAACCACAGCCAGCACAAGCUGCUCACACUGGCCACAGAUGGCAGCCUGCUAUCAACGUACACUGACCCUGAACUGAAUGAGCCAACUGGUUUAAAUGUCACACCUAUAGGACAAGUCAUUGGAUACUGGUCUCAUACUGUCAUUCAGAUGGAUUGUGAGGGGAGAACGAAACUGGCCACUCUAGCUUCACAGAAAGAGGGAGUGAGCCACCCUCUGUCUGUCUGUUACAACUCCAACAGUCACCAGAUCAUCGUAGGGAUGCAAGAUAACAAUAAAAUCAUUGUUAUGAAAUUGAAAUAGCGCUUCUAGUGGAACAAACAUUUCUAUAAACGCUGUUAUGAAUGAAAUUUCAAAUUUUUCUAUGAAUGAUGCAUUAAGUUUAACGACUUUAUAUCUAGGUAAAGAAAUGAACAUAUACUUUUUACUUUUAAUGAAAUUUAUUUUUAAAAUGAAAUGUUUAAUGAUCCUAAGAUAGUACAAUGUAUGACAACUAUCUAUGGUGAUGAUGAUUUGUUCUUUUGUCUCGCUUCAUGUCAGAUUUGCCAUGUAAAAAAAUCUUAUAAAUAAUAUACGGUUUCAUGUGUAUUAUAUGUUAAGCAAUUAUUGAGAUGUAUUAAUAUUAUAUCAUGUAUAUAUCUGAUCAAUAUGUUGAAUUAUCCUAUUGUAUCAUGUAUAUAUCUGAUCAAUAUGUUGAAUUAUCCUAUUAUAUCAUGUAUAUAUCUGAUCAAUAUGUUGAAUUAUCCUAUUUAUAUCAUGUAUAUAUCUGAUCAAUAUGUUGAAUUAUCCUAUUAUAUCAUGUAUAUAUCUGAUCAAUAUGUUGAAUUAUCCUAUUAUAUCAUGUAUAUGUCUGAUCAAUAUGUUGAAUUAUCCUAUUAUAUCAUGUAUAUAUCUGAUCAAUAUGUUGAAUUAUCCUAUUAUAUCAUGUAUAUAUCUGAUCAAUAUGUUGAAUUAUCCAAUUAUAUCAUGUAUAUAUCUGAUCAAUAUGUUGAAUUAUCCUAUUAUAUCAUGUAUAUAUCUGAUCAAUAUGUUGAAUUAUCCGUUAACAAUUAUUUUGAGAAAAAUAUGUUUAAUCAUUUAUGUUUUCUUUUUCAAUAAAAGUUUUUAUAUUUGGUACUUGUGCCUCUGAUAGCCUAUUUCAGUAAUCAUAAUACAAAACUUCUGUCUUAGAAGAAACUUGAAUUCAAUAAAAUAUUACAAUUA